GAUUAAUUGAACGUCGGGUCAUACACUUUGGUUUGGACUGGUAGUUGGACAGCAUCACUCUGACCUGUAGUUGGUUUCAGUUUCAGUCUCUCUCUACUCAAACACUCACAUUCUGAGUUCAAACCUAAGCAAAAAUGGAGGAAAAACCCGACAAAGAAGACAAUCAUCUACAAAUUCUACUCAAAUCCCUCCAAAAAGCUUCAAAAGAUCUUCAAAACGUCCCCAUUUUCACAAAGAAUAAAACCCCAUUCUCCAUUGAUCCUUUUUUAGACCUCGAUAAAGAUGCCAACACCAAUCUUUCCAGUAACCACGAACUUUUCAAGCUCUCAGAACUUCUCUGCAACCUCAAAACCCUCCUGGAAAAGCUUCAAAAGUAUCAAGGGUACAGCCCCACUUCAUUUUUUCGACGCCAAAUCACCAACUACAAGAUUUACCAGGUUGCAUAUGCGGUUGAUGCUGAAAUUCAAGCUUAUCUUGAUCGAGAAAGUGUCAAAAAUCUUGUAAACACACUGGAAGAAUCCGAUGAAGAAGAUGAAAAAGUGAGGGUUUUGAUCGAGUUUGAGAAGCGAUUAUCGCAAGGGUUUGAUCUGGGUUUCCAGGAUUUGGUUUUAAAGGCAAAAGUGUUCUCCAUUCUUGAACGUUUACUUUGUGACGCCACAUGUUCGACGAAAGUCCAAAACCAAGCCGCCCUGGCAAUAGCUGCUUUGAUCAGAUUCAACAAGGAUGUGUUUGUGGGGUUGGUGUUAAUGGGUCCGACUAUUCGAGCUUUGAUUUCCAUGUCUUCCUCCUGUUCGAUUCAAGUUCUUUCGUUGCUGAUCAAAACCAUAAGAGUUCCUCUGGUUGAUGAACUCGAAACAUACAAGGAAAUCCCGAGAAUCAGCAGGCUAUUGAGCUCAGAAGAUGUAUCAAUUCAAGUUGCAGCCUUUGAUUGCAUACUCGGAAUCGCAUAUUACGGUAGAAAAGAAGCGAUUGAUAAAAUGCUUCGAGCUGGGUUGAUCAAGAGGCUCGUGGAAUUGCAGAGAUCAGAACAUGGAGACAAUUUUCCCGAGAAAAUUCAUGAAGAAGAAGAAGAAGAAGAGAGUUAUGUGAAGAAAUACCCAUUUGCAGGAUGUGUUGCAAGGUUUGCAGUGCAGGUAGAAGUAGGGGAAGUGUUGAGCGAAAACGAGAGGAAGGAAUUUAAGAUGGAAAUCUUAAGAAUGGUCAGAGAAGUCUCUAUUUCUGAAGCAGAGUCUGCCACCAUUGCUGCAGAGGUAUUAUGGGGCUCUUCACCCUGGAAUUAGCAGUUUUUUUUUUUUUUCUUUUUUUGUGUUUGGUUGGUGAGAAAAUCAUUGAGAAAAAUUUGUCCAUCAAUAGAAAAUGUAUGAUAUU